CUGCUCCCAUGGGGUCCAGUCGUGCCGUGAUCUCCAGCCGUGACGUGGAGAGACGCUUCCCCCAGAUGAAGUAUAGCGACUGGCUCAGUUCUAGGACCAGGUGCAUGCCCGCCAAGGAUGCCACCGAGGCGAGGGUUUCUUCCGUCGCGGCUGAUACUACCUCUGUCGAUGCUAUUGAGAUCGCCCCGGUCAACGACGCUCCACGCUCCGAGGAAAUCCCCACUGAUACGCCUCGUCAGGUUCCUGGUUGCGAUGGGCCAGCCCCUACUGCUUUUGACAUCAUGCAGGCUGCCCCGGGUACAGGAGAAGGCUUCGACAUGGCAGAUUCUAGCAGAGAGUGUGUUAUUUGCAUGGAUGAGUUUCGCGGGCCAGACUUCAUUCGUCCUCUGACGUGCGGUCAUAUUUUCCAUGUGUCCUGCCUAGAUCCCUGGCUAACCCGCCGCCACGCAUGCUGCCCCCUGUGCAAGACAGACUACUGUAACGCAAGGGCCUCACGCACCGGUUGGCUUCAUUCCGGGUCUGGCCCAGCUGUUCCGCAGCCAGUUCUGAUCCGUACCGACAUCCUUCCGCGUCUCUGAGGUACCUCUCUAUAAUCGCGCAACCAACUAUCUGUGAGUAGAGACCGUGAUUCCCCGCUGAUUGUUGUGGGCCGAAGAAAGGCAGCUGACCAUGACACUUCAGAGCGAGUGGCAAUUUGCUUUCGCAUAGCACAUAGACCUGAUUCGUGGAGCGUCUUUCGUGGUGUUCUGGUACCGGGGGGAUCACAUACUGAAUUUUCGAGAUUUAAUGUCUUCAUGCGUCUCACUUCUGUUGCGUCAGAGUGAGCUCGAGGCUGGUAGGCGAUGUAAAUAACUCGUUAGCAUUUCACGCUACCAUAUGAAUUUGCUUCAGCUCUAUUCCCUCCUCGAACGUGUAUUGACCUUCGUCCUCACAAGAGCGAUAGGAACUGGCUCUAUGCGGACCUAGAGUCCUUUCCGGAUAUCCGGG